UUUGCUUGUCAACCAGCAUACGUCACCGAUAACAAAUUGUUAGUUGUCAACUUUAUACGAUCUGGAGGAGCAACGCUACUACGGUGACUCCACACGGCCAACAGUUGGAUCUACCAAUAUGACAACAAUGCAGCAGUACCUGGCAGCAGCAGAGGAUGUGGCCGAUGAGGUCAUCAGAAGCGGCAGAAAAGUAAUACCCAAGGUAGGGAAAAUUUGCCUCAUUGCCAGCUUUCUGGAGGACGGCCUACGGAUGCUCUAUCAGUGGGACGAGCAGCGAGAGUUCGUGGAAGAGACCUGGCUAUGUGGAGGGUUCCUCGCCACCCUGUUUGUGCUUAUCAACAUGGUCGGACAGCUGGGCGGCUGCUUGAUGGUGAUGGCAGGCAACAAAACCAACGUUGCAGUGAGGGUGCUCCUCUCCAUCGUUCUGCUCCAAAUAAUGACCUACUCCAUUUUCUGGAACUUGCAAAUCCUGUUGCUCAAGCUCGGGCUGAUCGGCGCUCUGCUCCUCGCCCUGGCCGAGGCCCAAAUGGAGCAGCACCGCAACCUAUUUGCCGGCUUGCCCUCGGUGGGCGACAACAGGUCCACGAUCUUUAUGCAGCUAAUCGGUCGCACCCUGUUGGCCUUCAUGUUCAUCGGUCUGAUACGGUUCCAGCUGAAUGUGUUGCAGAUGAUCCAGGAUAUUGGCACCUCCUUGCUGAUGAUCUUCGUCGUGCUCGGCUACAGGACGAAGCUGUCGGCCCUCAUCCUGGUGGCCCUGCUGACGGUGCUGAAUCUGUACCACAAUGCCUGGUGGAACAUUCCGAAUUAUCGGCCCCUCCGUGAUUACUUGAAAUACAGUUUUUUUCAGACACUCACGGUCAUUGGGGGACUGCUAAUGAUAGUGUCCUUGGGCCCUGGCAGGGUGUCCCUGGAUGCGAAAAAGAAGUGGUAGAAAUUAGAUAUUUGAUGUUCUUAAUAUUUUUUAC